CCCCGGAACUGAAUGGUUUGGCCCACUAGCUGGGGCGGUGCUGGUGACAACAUCAGGCGGCGCCCUGAGAGAGACCAAGUGUGUGGAGGGGGGGCGUGGGUGUGUCCGCAGAAGCUGCAGGACUGGAGUGUGGGGGGCAUCUGGCACACCUAUAAUGGCUUCUGAUCUAGGUGAUACUUCAAGUUUGGACCCCCCCUCUGGGCCCGUUUUGGAGACUCAGGCACCAUCGAGGAAAGCACACAGAAAAGGGGGGCUGCCAGAGGCCAAGCGGAAGGGGCGGGCCAAGAGGUUGAACAAAGAUGCGGAGGAUCUGGUCUCAGGCAUGCAGCAUUUGGACCUUGCUGCAGAACGCUCGGUGCCAGUCGGGACAGGCCUAGUUUGGGAUGAGCGGAUGACGCAGUUUCACUGCCUGUGGGAUGAGAGCUUUCCAGAGUGCCCAGAAAGGUUGGUGGCUAUACGGGAAAAACUGCUGCAGCAGGAGCUGUUGGAGCGUUGCGUCCCAGUGACGGCCCGUGAACUCACCCAGGAGGAGAUUCUUUUGGCUCACAGUCCGGAGUACCUGGUGCUGAUGGAAUCCACCGGAACAAUGAGGGAGGCGGAGCUGAAGUCUCUGUCAGACACAUAUGAUUCUGUCUACCUUCACCCGAACUCCUACCGCUGCGCCUGCCUCGCCGGAGGUUCUGUCCUGCAACUUGUAGAGAAAGUGCUGUCUGGGGAGCUCCGGAAUGGGCUGGCGUUGGUCAGACCGCCUGGACACCAUGCGCAGCGCAACAAGAUGGAUGGAUACUGCAUGUUCAACAAUGUGGGCAUUGCAGCCCAGUAUGCCCGGCAGAAGUUGGGGGUGGAUCGGGUGCUUAUUGUCGAUUGGGACGUCCAUCACGGACAAGGCACCCAGUACCUCUUUGAGGACAGUCCCAGCGUCCUUUAUUUCUCUGUCCACCGCUACGAAGAAGGUGGAUUCUGGCCCCACCUUCCUGAAUCUGACAGCCAUGCCGUGGGCAGAGGCCGGGGAGAGGGCUACAAUAUCAACGUGCCCUGGAACCAGACAGGAAUGCGAGAUGCCGACUACCUCUCUGCCUUUUUACACCUCCUGCUGCCUGUAGCCUUUGAGUUCCAGCCCCAGCUGGUCCUGGUCGCUGCGGGUUUCGACUCUGUAAUCGGUGAUCCCAAGGGGGAGAUGGCUGCUUCCCCAGCAUGCUUUGCUCACCUGACACAUUUGCUGAUGCCGCUGGCCGAGGGCAAGCUGGUCCUGUCUCUGGAGGGUGGGUACAAUCUUCAGUCCUUGGCGGAGGGAACCUGUGCGGCCCUGAAGACUCUGCUGGGAGACCCCUGUCCCCUGUUGGAACCUCCCCUUUUCCCAUGUAGCAGCGGCCUCCGCUCAGUGUCGCAAACGCUCGCAGCUCACUGCAAGUACUGGAAGAGCCUCCGGAGGAUCAGUGCUGACUUGCCUCCGGAGGGUGAGGGAGAUGUUUGCGUUGCUCUGCGUGCAGCCAGCCCUCCGCCGGCCAUGAAAAUCCUGCCUGGGCUAGCAGCUGGACCCAUGAGACCCUCGUCCCUUUCCCGUACUGGACUGGUCUAUGAUGAGAAGAUGACCCAGCAUUACAAUCUGUGGGACAGCCAGCAUCCAGAGCUGCCCCAGAGGGUCUCCAGGAUCUUCCAGCGCCACGGGGAGUUACGUCUGACUGAGCGAUGCUGCCGCCUCCCUGCCCGACUUGCUACUGAAGAGGAGUUACAGAUGUGCCACAGCUCAGCGUACGUGGAGGCGGUGAAGUCCACUGCCACCAUGAAGCCCCGUGAUCUGCACCGCCAUGGCAACCAGUACAACUCCAUCUUCAUCUGUGCCAGCUCCUAUGAGUGUGCCCGUCUGGCAGCCGGUUCUGCGUUCAGCGCAGUAGAAGCGGUGCUUUCUGGGAAGGUCCAGAAUUGUGUAGCCAUUGUCCGACCGCCCGGGCACCACGCUGAAUCAGACACGGCCUGCGGCUUCUGUUUCUUCAACUCGGUGGCCUUGGCAGCACGAUAUGCCCAGCGCCUGGCUGGACAUCCUAUAAGGGUGAUGAUCCUUGACUGGGAUGUUCACCAUGGCAAUGGGACACAGCACAUGUUUGAAGAUGAUCCCAGCAUCCUGUACGUCUCCCUCCAUCGCUAUGACAACGGAACCUUUUUCCCCACUUCUGAGGAUGCCGACUAUGACCGGGUGGGCAGCGGGCCUGGCGAGGGCUUCACCGUUAACGUGCCUUGGAACUGUCCCCGCAUGGGAGAUGCCGAAUACCUGGCUGCCUUUCACCAGAUUGUCAUGCCUAUUAGUUAUGAGUUCAAUCCAGAGCUGGUCCUGGUCUCUGCUGGUUUCGACGCUGCUCGGGGAGACCCGCUGGGCGGCUGCCUUGUGACACCAGACUGCUACGCACACAUGACCCACCUUCUGAUGGGGCUGGCAGGCGGCAAGGUGGCUCUUGUGCUGGAAGGUGGCUACAACCUGGAGUCCAUCUCUGAGUCCAUGACCAUGUGCACCCGGAGCCUUCUAGGGGAUCCACCACCUGUGCUGGGCAGGCAAAAGGCCCCUCACCCCAGUGCCCUGCAGUCCUUGGCCCACGUGGCUGCCGUGCACCGCAAGUACUGGGCAAGCCUUCGCCUGGAAGUGCCUAUUCUAGUGCCGGAGAGGCCCAGGACUCGAGCCGGGAAGGGAACCCCCACUCCAGGAGACACCCCUACCCAGGGCCCCCCCCAGCAGCUUGCAAGCCCAGUGGUUGGACCCACAGAGGCUGUGGAUGACACAAUGAUCGCAUUAAGCUCCCUCCACCUGGAAAAUGAUACUGCGGAGGCCGGUGAGACAGCUUCCAGCUCCCUCUCUCCUGACUCCAGCCCAGAAGGUAGGGCUAGACGGAAAGUUGGGAGCUCUGCCGGUGGGGCAGAACCGGCAGAGGAUAGCCAGUCAGGAAGCAUGUCGACAGGCUCUCCUGAAGGGGUGGAACUAGGAGAGGAUUGCCAGUCAGGGAGCACAGCAACAGCCUCUCCUGAAGGAGCAGAGGCAGCAAGGAAUAGCCAGAUAGGAAGCCCAUCUACAGGAAGUUCCUCUGAUGAAGUGGAGACAUCAGCCAAAGAGACAAAGGUGACCCCACCAGAUCCAUCCUCCGCGUCAAUAGAGGUCAUUCUGCUUGACGAAGCUGCCAGGGGCUGCUCCCCCCCUUGUGAGCUGCUGGGAGAGGAGCUGGCAGAUAAAGGGCUGUUCUAUGCCGUGACGCCCCUCCCCUGGUGCCCCCACCUCGACUCGGUGCUCCCCGUGCCUUCUGUCGGCCUGAACGUGCUGGAGCCCUGCUCGGCUUGCGGCAGCCGGGCCGAGAACUGGGUCUGUCUGGUUUGUUAUAAGGUUUGCUGCGGCCGCUACAUUAACCAGCACAUGGUAGCCCACAACUCGGAAUCGGGUCAUCCUCUGGUGCUCAGCUUUGAGGACCUCUCCGUCUGGUGCUACGGGUGCCAAGCCUACGUCCACCACCCGACUCUCCUCGCCGCCAAGAGCCAGGCUCACGUGGAGAAGUUCGGCGAGGGCCUGCCUGUAGCUGUCUGAGACGCGUCUCCUUGGCAAGGAGGGACCCAACACAACUGCAGCACCAUCAACGGUUGCCUCGUUUGACCUCGGGUGAACUGGCACCCUGUUGCUUGAAGGGCUCUUGCAGUGCCAAAGUCGACAGCCACCAGCAGCUAUGAGCGCGACACCAGCAACCUCUCUGCUUCCACUGAGCCCAAGAUGGCUAUCCACCCCCACCCCCACCCCGACGCCACACUUCAUGAAGGAUGCUUUAUCCAACAUCAGGCAAUACCAAAUCGGCUGCCGCGGAGACCACUUCUGGUCACAGGCUGUUUGCUUCUCCCAGUGUUGAAGUAGCACUCUUUCCAGAGGGGCUGAAUGUCCAAUUCUGACCUUUUUUUCCCCUCCAUACCCCCCCCCUAGCCCCCUCCACCCCCAUGACUGUGUUUCUCACCAUCACCCCCUACUGGUAUGGCAGUGACUACGUGCUCAGCUGGAGAAAACCAGGCAGAGGUUUUUGGGGGAAGGGGGGAAUGGGGGAUUCUUCCCCCCAUUAGUACAGCAAGAAUGAGCUGCAGCUAACUGGGGAGGGAGGCGUGUGUUUUGGGCUAAUGCAGAUAAGUGAACUACAAGAGACUCAAAUCCAGCAUCCAGUCUUCUGCAGGAGAAAAGGGUCCUCUAAACGAGGGUGGGGGUGGGAUAGGACUGCUAAGUAUAUAUCAUGGGUGGCACUUUUUUGUCCGAAGGUCCUGGGGUGGUUGUUCCGCCGCAGCUUGGCAGUUGGAGUGUGCAUGUUUUCUGGGAGGAAGACUGGGGAGAUCUGAAAGCUCAGCCAUCCCUCCGACUCGACAAAUCACAGUUCUGAGGCCUAUGCGCUCACGCCCACCCCCCCACCCACCCCCGGUGAAUUGAUGGGAGGUCUUAUUGAUGGGACUUAUCAUAACGCCCCCCUUCCAUGGGGAAGCUCUUUCAUGACCUGCAAAACCCCAACAUCUUGGCCCUCACGUAGUUUGGUGCUGUGGCAGCAUUUGUGCCGGAAGAGAAUGGUGGGACUUCGUUCUCCAGUUGUUUGCUGUUGUUGUUUUGUUGAGUGGGGCUCACCCUUCCAACAGGAAAUAUGAUCAGGCAAGGGGAUGUUGAUUAACACACACUUUCCACAGCAGCUCCUGGUCCAUUCUUUGGUUCCCCGUGCCACCAAAGAGUUGGGGAGGUGCCGUGUAGAACUGGAGGCCUGGGAGGGAGUUCCUUGGCGAUCUCUUCUGGGUGGAAGUGGGUCAAGAGUCGCCUUCCUGCGGCUUCCCAGCCCCCCAGAAGUUGUUUUCUCCCCUGUCUCUGCCCUGAAAUAAAGGAACUGAAUUUGAACCAGGCUGGAUUGUCAUCCCUCUCCCCAAAAGAGGAGUCGUCGUAAAGGGCUACCGAUGGGUGGGAAUCGCUGGAACUUGGGUGGAGGUGGGUCACGUUGCCAAGGCCGGCCUUGGCAGCGGUGUGUGUGUGGAUAUAGUAGACAGAACCAUUAUAAGAACCUUGUGAAGUGGGGUAGGGUGGUGGAUACUGAACCUGGGGCAGGGGGGGGCUACAUUAUAACCUUCUGAAAUUACUUUUCUUUGCUUGACUUUUGUAAUGUUUUAAUUAUUCAAAUAAAAGUAUUCCCAUGAAUAAUGGGUGUGUGCGCA